AUGGGCGAUCAUGUCAGCGACGAUGAGAGCGAAGAAGAGAAGGUGCUCAAGGUAGUGGUUGUUGGCGAUGGAGCAAGUGGAAAAACUUCGAUUUGUCAGAGAUUCGCCAAAGAGACAUUCGACAAAUCAUAUCAUCAGACGCUCGGUCUCGACUUUUUCUCUCGGCGAAUCAUUCUACCAGGUGAUGUUCAGGCUCUUGUUCAGGUUUGGGACAUUGGGGGACAAAGUAUCGCCGGCGAGAUGAUUGACAAAUAUCUCGUCGGAGCGAACAUUGUGAUGCUCGUGUAUGACGUCACAAAUCUCAAAUCGUUCGACAAUGCGCAGGAUUGGCUGAGUCUCGUUCGACGGGUCACCAAAACUCAGGAGAAGCAGCCGCAUAUCGUUCUCAUGGGCAACAAGACAGAUCUCGAAGAGAAACGUUUGGUUUCGGUUGAGGCGCACAAUAAUAUGGCGACGAAUCAUGGACUCACACCGGUUUACGUUUCAGCCAAAACGGGCGAUACCGUACUCCUCACAUUUAGGCAAGCAGUUGCUGAAGUACUGAAAAUUGCGCUUUCAAAAGCGGAUGUUGAAGCGGACAUCGCAAUUGUAAAAGGAACGGUUGUAGAGCCAUCUAGAGGAGUCGAGAGUACGGCAAGUGUGCGGCGGAGCGAGGCAAGAGGAACAGCUGUCUGCUCGAUAUCAUAA